CGUCCGGGCGGCGGAGAUGCCGUGAAAAUAGAAAUCCAGGAACCUCAGUUAAUGAGUUUUACUGAUACCUCAAGGUUAAAUUAAUUAUUUCUGCAGCAGAGCUUCUUGCAGAAGGACCACCACACUGGUUUGCACUUAGGAAAAUAUGAGAAUAAGCAGGGAGUGUUGUUCUCUCUGAACUAAAAAAAAAAAUAAAUAAAAUAAAUCUGUGCCUUGCUGAGAACAGCUGCAGGAGUUGGACACUUGAAUCAAUGUUAUCGGAUGAGUUAGAAUCCAAACCUGAGCUGCUGGUUCAGUUUGUCCAAAAUACUUCUAUUCCACUGGGACAAGGACUGGUGGAAUCAGAACCAAAAGACAUCACCUGUCUCUCUCUGCUUCCUGUUACUGAGACCUCAGAAUGCAACAGACUCAUGUUGCCAGAUGAUGAAAGAGAUCUCACUUCUCCAAGUCACACUAAUUCUUCCAAAGAUGUUUCUUCAUCUGCUGUCUUGAGAAGUCUCCAGGUAAAUGUAGGCCCUGAUGGAGAGGAAACAAGGGCACAGAAUGUACAGAAACCAUCUGAACUUCUGUCAACUCCAGAAACUUCUAGUUUAUUGCAAGACUUCCAGCCCAGUGACAGCACUUCAUUCAUUCUUCUCAACCUAACAAGAGCAGGGCUGGGGUCUCCCGCAGAGCACUUGGUGUUUGUUCAAGAUGAAGCAGAAGAUUCUGGCAAUGACUUUCUCUCCCAUGAUAGCACAGACAGCAGUACCCCAUGGUUCCUACGAGUGCAAGAAUUGGCCCAUGACAGUUUAAUUGCUGCCACUAGGGCACAGCUCGCAAAGAAUGCCAAAGCAAGCAAUAAUGGGGAAAAUGUUCAUCUUUGCACAGGAGAUGGGCAGCCAAAAGAUUCAAGCCCUAUUCCUCAUUUAUCUCGUGUGGAAAGAAAGCUGAAGUGCACAGUUGAGGGCUGUGAUCGGACAUUUGUAUGGCCAGCUCACUUCAAGUAUCAUCUGAAAACACACCGUAACGACCGCUCCUUCACCUGCCCAGCAGAAGGUUGUGGAAAAAGUUUCUACGUCUUGCAAAGGCUGAAGGUGCACAUGAGAACUCACAAUGGUGAAAAACCCUUUGUGUGCACAGAACUGGGCUGUGGUAAACAGUUCACAACAGCUGGAAAUCUGAAGAACCACCUACGAAUUCACACUGGGGAAAAACCCUUUCUGUGUCAGGCACAGGGAUGUGGUCGCUCCUUUGCUGAAUAUUCCAGUCUUCGGAAACAUUUGGUUGUCCACUCAGGAGUGAAGCCCCAUCAGUGCCAAAUUUGUGGGAAGACAUUUUCCCAGAGUGGUAGCAGAAAUGUGCAUAUGAGGAAACACCACUCCCGAAUUGGAACAGCUGGCAGCAGGGAGCGAGAACAGCCAGAGUCACUGAUGGGCAGCAGUUUGCUGGAAGAAUCAACAGUGCAUAGUAAGAAUCUCAUCUCCAUGAACUCUCAGCCCAGCCUUGGUGUUGAGUCUCUGCACCUGCCAGACACUGAAUCAAUUAUUGGAGUAGAAGAGGGUGAGACCAGCUGCUCUUUUUUCCGCCCUCUUAUAUGUGGUGACUGAGAUGGGAUCAAUCAUUCCUCCUUGAGGCUCACCAUAUUGCAGUGGGAUGAAUGAACAUUGCUUUAACUGUGCACAGAGGGGUGGGUAGAUAGUGGAUGAAUCCUAAAACUGGAGUUGGAGAAGAUCUGCUGGACCAAGUUUCUCUCUUGCAGAGCUUGAAGGGUGAAGUCUGCUUAGGUGUCACUUAGCCCAUGUUGUGGAACGCCAUUUCAAAACUGCUUAUGCAGUCCAUCUCCUAAAGCCUAAAGUGUUUGUUUUGCUGGAGCACCUAGGAGCCCCAGCUAAGGACCAGGACCUCAUUGUGCUAGGCACUGUUCAAAUAUUCAGUAUCUUGAGCAACAGGCCUUCCUUCCACCCUUUACCUUCAGAGACUAUAUUCUAAUACAUCUCACUGUCAGAAGCUGACUUACUAUAUGAAAUAAAUGUACUACUUGAUAUCA